UAUUCACUGAUCGUAUGCAAUAUACUCUAACUCUAUAAGCUCCAAGCUCUUACUCUCUUCGCUAAAAGCUCAAAGCGGCACAUUCAAGAACCUUCCUGACCCUGUGGCUCAGAUCUUGGACUUACAGCUUCAGACAAUGAGGUGAUCCAUAAUCAUUGCUCAAAGAGCUAUAGCAGAACAUACUUGUUGAGUAUCUUUUGGUGUAUAAGCUUCAUUCAAUUGUUUGAAGAGGUGCCCUGCUUAUGUUGAGUAAUAGAUAACUAUUCAAAACAUGUCAUUCAAUCUUUCUGGUGAAGUAAUAUAGUGGCAGAAAUCAAUGGAGGAAAGCAGCAACAGAGGGGAUUUUAGACAGUCACCAUUGAAAUCAGGUGGCGGUUUGAAGUCUACAUUGUCAGGAAGGUUGACUCCCCGGAGUUCUCCUUCAUUUCGUAGAUUGAACUCUAGCCGAACUCCACGAAGAGAAGGUAGAGGUGGUGGAGGUGGUAUACAAUGGUUUCGAAGCAAUCGUUUGGUGUAUUGGUUGCUACUGAUUACUCUCUGGGCUUAUCUUGCAUUUUAUGUUCAGUCCAGGUGGGCUCACGGUGAUAACAAGGAGGCAUUUUUGGGUUUUGGAAAUAAGCCGAGCAAUUUUGAUCAGAAUUUAGACACAGAGCAGAAUCUGCAAAGGGAUUUGAUUGUCAAAGACAAUAGCUUGGCAUUCGAUAAUGGGACUAAUAAAAUUCAUGAUGAAGAUAUUAAAACAAUAGAUGUGGUUUUGGCCAAAAAGGGAAAUGUUGUUUCAUCAAAUAGAAGUAGAAAAUCAAAGAAGAGAAGUAAAAGAGCAGGACGUAGUUUGCAUGGUAAAGUGCAUGGUAAACAAAAGACUGCGGUGGACAUUGAAGGCAAUGACUUAGAGGAUCAGGAACCAGAAAUUCCAAAGAAGAAUUCUUCUUAUGGGUUGCUUGUUGGUCCAUUUGGCUUGACGGAGGAUAGAAUUUUAGAAUGGAGUCCUGAGAAGCGUUCUGGAACCUGUAACAGGAAGGGAGACUUUGCGCGCCUUGUUUGGUCUAGAAGGUUUAUUUUGAUAUUCCAUGAACUUUCAAUGACUGGGGCUCCAAUUUCAAUGAUGGAAUUGGCAACAGAGCUUCUAAGCUGUGGAGCUACGGUUUCUGCUGUAGUUCUUAGUAAGAAGGGUGGGUUGAUGUCAGAACUUACUAGGAGAAGAAUCAAGGUGCUUGAUGACAGAGCAGACCUCAGCUUCAAAACAGCCAUGAAGGCAGAUCUUGUCAUAGCUGGAUCGGCAGUUUGUGCAUCAUGGAUUGAACAAUAUAUUUCUCAUUUUCCGGCUGGUGCCAGCCAAGUUGGUUGGUGGAUAAUGGAAAACCGACGAGAGUACUUUGAUCGGGCAAAAGUUGUCCUUAACCGAGUCAAAAUUUUAAUUUUUCUGUCUGAAUCACAGUCUAGACAAUGGCUAAACUGGUGCGAAGAAGAGAAUAUUAAACUGAGAUCUCAACCUGCACUUGUUCCUCUCUCUGUUAAUGAUGAACUGGCUUUUGUUGCUGGUAUUGCAUGUUCACUUAAUACUCCAUCUUUCAGCACCAAGAAGAUGCAAGAGAAAAGGCAGUUGUUGCGAGAUUCAGUCAGAAAGGAGAUGGGGUUGACAGAUAAUGAUAUGCUUGUUAUGUCUCUGAGUAGUAUAAAUCCUGGAAAAGGCCAGCUCUUGCUUCUUGAAUCAGCACGUUUGCUGAUUGAACAAGAAUCUUUGGACAAUGCUUCUAAUAUAAAAAAUCCAGUCAAUAUAGGCCAAGACGAAUAUAACUUAGCUAAAAGGCAUCAUAUAAGAGCUCUGUUUCAACAUUUGAAUGAUGUUGGAGUGUCCUCAAAUGAAUUGCCUGCUUCAAAUGAGUCCUUUUUCAGGUUGAAGUUAUCCAAGAGGAAAAGCUUGCAGUCACAUGGUCUCUUCACCUCUGUUAAUGACACAGAUGCUGUGAACUUUUACAUCUCCCAAGGAACAAGGAAAAUGUUGUCUGACAGUAGAGGAAUGCAGGAACAUGCACUUAAAAUUCUUAUCGGGUCUGUUGGAUCUAAGAGCAAUAAGGUGCUUUAUGUCAAAAGACUUCUAGGAUCUUUAUCCCAGCAUUCAAACUUGUCAAAGUCAGUGCUCUGGACUCCAGCAACCACACAUGUAGCAUCACUUUACUCUGCGGCAGAUGUUUAUGUCAUAAACUCCCAGGGAUUGGGAGAAACAUUCGGGAGAGUGACAAUUGAAGCAAUGGCAUUUGGUCUUCCGGUGCUUGGAACAGAUGCCGGGGGCACAAAAGAGAUCGUCGAGCACAACUUAACAGGUCUUCUUCAUCCUCCGGGGCGUCCAGGAACUCAUGCCCUUGCUCGAAAUCUCCGGUUUUUGCUUGAAAAUCCAUUGGCAAGGGAGCAAAUGGGGAAGGAAGGAAGGAAGAAAGUAGAGAAAAUGUACUUGAAGCGGCACAUGUACAAGAGAUUUGUAGAGGUUCUCGUCAAUUGCAUGAAAACCAAAUAACAUUUACCGCCGAGACAUUCUCAAUUAUUUUAUUGGUUUUUGAAUAUCAGAGGGUGCUGUGGGUAUUAAAAAUUUGUGUACACUUCCUGAAUUGAUUUUACCGAUGACUAGUUCUGGGAUAUUCCUCGAGAACUGAAGAGGCUUAUGACCAA